AAUUAUUCUAUUGCAUUGUUGUUCUUUCAUCUCAUCAGAAUUUAUAAACUGAAUUUUAGAAUUUAGAACAUUAAUACUUUAAAUGAAAUCAAACGAGAAUGAAGAAAAGGAAUAUCAAUGCAAUAAAUGUGGAAAAAGAUUCAAGUAUAAACAUAUUUUAGAAAAUCAUAUAAGAACUCAUACUGGAGAGAAACCGUUUGUUUGCAAUAUUUGCGAUAAACGAUUUUCACAGUCUGGAAUUUUAAUAAAUCACAGAAAACUACAUUCAGAAGAACGAAAAUUCAAAUGCAAUUAUCAAAGCUGCACGUACGAUACUAGAUAUAAAAUGAAUUUGCUAAGACAUGUGAAAAAAACACAUUUAGAAGCAAAAUCAUCUCAAAAUCAAUCAAAAGAAGGAAAGUAUAGAUGUGACUCCUGUGCUAAAAGUUUUAUGCUUCCAUCUGCUUUAAAACAACACAUGCUUUCUCAUUCAAAGGAACGGCUAUAUUCAUGCGAUAUUUGUAAGAAAAUGUUCAGAUAUAAAUUUAAUUUAAAUCAACACAAUAAACGCAAGCAUGCACAACAAGAAACUGGAUCUUUCUACAAAGAUAGCAUACAACAUGCUGAACAAGUGCAGGCUGAAUCAUUUCAAACACCAUCAACAAGUGCUCAAGCAACAAGGUUAAGUGAAUUCGAAGAAGUUGCUUCAAGAGAGAUUAUUUUUACACCAAGAGAAGUUGAAGAAUUCCUGAUACACUUUGACAUCGAUUCAGAAAUUAUGCAAAUGGAAACAUCUUCACAAAUGGAUCUCUUCUCAGAAACACUCGAUAUGAUAAACCCUUACGAUAGCUUUCAACAUGCUGAACAAGUGCAGGCUGAAUCGUUACAAACACCAUCAACAAGUGAUCAAGCAACAGGGUUAAUUGAACUGGAAGCAGUUGAUCCAAGAGAAACUAUUUUUACACUAAGAGAAGCUGAAGAAUUUCUGGAACACUUUAACAUCGAUUCAGAAAUUAUGCAAAUGGAAACAUCCUCACAAAAUGGAACUCUUCUCACAAAUAGAAACAGAAGAAAAUAAAUUUGAAUGCCAAUUCUAUAAAGAACAAUUCUCUAACGAAAUUUCUCGAAAUGAACACGAAAGAAACUUUCAUCACUUUAAUUAAUUUUUACAAAUAUCGGAAGAUUGCGAGUGUUUUGUAUUUUAUAAUGGA